GCACUCCACCGACACCCCACGCGCAGAGUACCCGCAAGUCACCCCCGAGUCCAGAGCUCGACGCGGGAGGGUACGUGCUGCGCACUGACGUCACGCGCCGACCCCGCCCCCUGGCCGCCCAUAUAGCGUAGCCCUGGCGCGCGCGCACACCAUUGUGUGGCUGGACUCGGCCGCCGCUGCGGUGUGAGGCGCGUGUUCGGGUUCUCGCCGUCCCCGCACCCGCACCGCGGCUCCUGCCUUGCUGUCCGCCGUCCGACAGCCGGCCUUCGGGACCUCGCCCGCCACGGACAUGCCGCGCGUCUACAUAGGACGCCUGAGCUACAACGUCCGGGAGAAGGACAUCCAGCGCUUUUUCAGCGGCUAUGGCCGCCUCCUCGAAGUAGACCUCAAAAAUGGGUACGGCUUCGUGGAGUUCGAGGACUCCCGCGACGCCGACGACGCCGUUUACGAGCUGAACGGCAAGGAGCUCUGCGGCGAGCGCGUGAUCGUGGAGCACGCCCGGGGCCCGCGCCGCGAUCGCGACGGCUACAGCUACGGAAGCCGCAGUGGUGGAGGUGGAUACAGCAGUCGGAGAACCUCUGGCAGAGACAAAUAUGGACCACCUGUUCGUACAGAGUACAGGCUUAUUGUAGAAAAUCUUUCUAGUCGUUGCAGUUGGCAAGAUUUAAAGGAUUUCAUGCGGCAAGCAGGUGAAGUAACAUAUGCAGAUGCUCACAAAGAACGCACAAAUGAAGGUGUGAUUGAAUUUCGCUCCUACUCUGACAUGAAGCGUGCUCUGGAUAAACUGGAUGGUACAGAGAUAAAUGGCAGAAAUAUUAGGCUUAUUGAAGAUAAGCCACGAGCAAGCCAUAGGCGGUCUUAUUCUGGAAGCAGAUCUAGGUCACGAUCUAGAAGGAGGUCACGAAGUAGGAGUCGCAGGAGCAGCCGCAGUAGAUCUCGAAGUAUCUCAAAAAGUCGCUCCAGAUCCAGGUCACGGAGCAAAGGUCGAUCACGGUCUCGAUCAAAAGGCAGGAAAUCUAGAUCAAAAAGCAAAUCUAAGCCCAAGUCUGAUCGGGGUUCCCAUUCACACUCUCGAAGCAGAUCUAAGGAUGAGUAUGAAAAGUCCCGAAGCAGGUCUCGAUCUCGGUCCCCCAAAGAAAAUGGAAAAGGUGAUAUAAAGUCAAAAUCCAGAUCAAGGAGCCAGUCUCGUUCCAAUUCACCCCUUCCUGUUCCACCCUCAAAGGCUCGUUCUGUGUCCCCUCCACCAAAAAGAGCUACUUCAAGAUCCCGUUCUAGAUCUCGCUCAAGGUCAAGGUCCAGAUCAAGUUCCAGAGAUUAACCCAGAACUCUACAUUCUUUGCACACUAUUAUGGAACACUUUCCUACUUGCUUAGGCAGUUACUCUUCCAUGUUUAUACUUGGCCUCUUCUGCAAGAGGAAUCUCCUGAAAACAGGAGCACACAAAAAUUUGAUUUGUGGCCAAAUUUGAUGAAAAAGAUGAGGUUCUAAAAUGGUGGCAUGAAGUCAAAGACCCUCUCCCUUCUUUGUAGAAUUAAGAUAACUUUGAUUUUAUAGCUUUUGAGCUAAAAUAACUUUUGUAAAGAUUAAGCUCACUUAGAUUUUUUUUUUUUUUUUUUUUUUUUUUUUUUUUUUUAAGUAUUUUCAGCAGGAUCUGCUGCAGGGGUUUUUUGUUUCAUUUGUUUGCUUAUUUUUAAAUUAACUGUUUCAAGCUUUGGAUACUUAAGGCUUUAGAGGGAGAACCCAAUUUUCAAUUAUGUUGGCUUUUUAUAAAGCUUGAGUUAUAUAAGAUUUAAAUAAAAGUUUGCUACCAAGAUGAUUGCCUUAUUGAAUAGGUCACUGUUAAAUUCCUUUAAAUGUUGAUACCUGCUAUUUGUGGAAACAGUGUAAAUUCUACUAAAGUGUAAAACAAGGCAAGCCUCAGACCAGCAAUAAAUUAUUCAGUUUGGAUAACAUUAUUUUGUGCUGUUAAUCAAAUUUGCCAAAGUCUUUAUCUGCCCCUCUAAGAAGUUGGGUUAAAAAUAAAAGAUAUUUUGUAGUCAAUCUAUAACAAUUUUGCCUGAAGUAAUAAGUUUUUAAAUAGUGAAACUGUUUUGAAACUUAUAAUUUGACUGAAUUAUUUAGGAAAUAGCUCCUAGUAUUUGGGAUCUUUAGUUAGUGAUCCCAUGUUCUGGAGGUGGUUAAUGAGAUUAGUGUAGUUAAGAGUAUGGUUCAGUGGUCUUUAAUGUUAUGUAAAAAUGGAAGUAGCCUUUCUUUGAUUAGAAAUUAAGUGUAUUGUUCAAAGUGGAUAGGCACAUACCGCAUUUUCUGCUGAAAGAUAACAUUCAACAGGCACUUAGAUCAUUUGGUAAAGUCGGUUGCUUAACAGAUCAUUUGACAAGUAAAAUUCCAGCAGUCAGUCAGUCCUCUUUGUAGUUUGUGAGGUUAUGUGAUAAUUGGUUGGAUUAUUCUUGUAAAUUUUUUAGACUUCUGUAUGGUUGGUUUGAAAAGCAAUGAAAAUGGGCAAACUCAAAAACCAUUAGUCCUUUAUUAUGAAUGAAGUGUAGUACUGUGUAAACCAGAUUAUAGUACUGCAAAUUUCUAGGGAUUACUGGGUUAGCAAUUAGUUCAUACAUCCAUAAGACUAAUAAGUUGAGACUGCAGGUCAAAAAGUGAGUUAUAUCCCUUUGGGAUACUUUUAAAUAAUUUCUCUUAAAAAUACUUAUUGUCCACUUAAGAUGUAGAAGAAAUGGCUCAGGUUUAAUAUCUUCUUAGAGAGCUGUCAGUUAUGUAAGGUAACAGGAUUGUGACUGAGCAUGGUAUUCUGGGAUUGGUUUGGAGAACUAAAUAAUACCCAGAGGACAUUUAAUGAGGCUGAGGGGAAAACUGAGUCAAGGAUCUGGGUGUCAAUCAGAGUAGCUGAGAGUACUUGGUAAUAAAAAAGCUUCACCUGUAAGAAAUUUAGACUUCCUGUUUAAGAAAAAAAAAAAAGUCUUGAAAAACCUAACUUUGGGAAAUAGUGGCC